AACCAAAAACAAAAUGAAAAUUCCAAGUGUUGAUGAACGCAUCCACGUUUUGGAUGACCAAUCAAACGUAUGGACGGUGAUCCGAGAAAUCGUAAGCAACAACAAUCAGGAAGAUGCCUUUUACGUCUUGAAUGUCGGAGAUAUCGUCAGGAAACAUCAGGAAUGGUGCGAAAAACUACCUCGAGUCACGCCGCACUACGCUGUCAAAUGCAACGACAGCCUUACAGUUCUUGAAACCCUCAACGCCUUGGGAACUAACUUCGACUGCGCUUCAAAGGGCGAGAUUAACAAAGUACUCAGUAUGGGUGUAGAGCCUGAGAGAAUCAUCUUUGCUAAUCCUGCCAAACCUUCCAGUCAUAUCAGACAUGCUGCAGCCACUGGCGUGAAUACUAUGACAUUCGACAGCGACACCGAAUUGCACAAAGUUAAGAAUCUGUUUCCUGAAGCCAAGUUAGUAAUUCGCAUUCGUUGCGAUGCCACUGAUGUCCAAUGCCAACUGGGAAACAAAUUUGGUUGUGAUCCAAUCACUGAGGCUCCAGAACUUCUUCGAAUCGCUAGAUCCCUUGACUUGGACGUUGUUGGUGUGAGUUUCCACGUAGGCUCCGGAUGCCGUGAACCGCCAGUUUUCCGUAGGGCUAUUUCAGCCGCAAGGGACAUCUUUGAUUUUGCCGAAACCUUGGGCUAUAACUUUUCUCUACUUGACAUCGGAGGAGGAUAUCCUGGUGGAAAAGGAACUUCCAUCGAUAAGAUCGCUGAAAUUGUCAAUCUCGCACUGGAUAAUUACUUCCCCGAUCCAUCAAUUCACGUAAUAGCUGAACCUGGUCGUUUCUAUGUAAGCUCUGCCUACACUUUGGUGUGCAAUAUCCAUUCAAUUAGAAACGUCAACCAAAUCAACGAUGAAGGUGUAAAUAAUAUGCACCGCAUGUACUACAUCAACGAUGGAGUUUACGGCAGUUUCAAUUGCAUCUUGUACGAUCAUCAGGUUGUAGUACCACAGCCAUUGGAAGAACGCGUUGGCGCAAAAUACUACGACAGCAGUGUAUGGGGACCGACCUGCGAUGGACUCGACCAAGUAAUUGAACAUGCAAUGUUGCCAGAAAUGAAAGUUGGUGAUUGGUUGGUGUUUGAAGACAUGGGAGCGUACACCCUUCCCGUAGCCAGCCCUUUUAAUGGUUUUCCAAUUCCUAAUGUCCAUAUAGUGAUGGACGAGAGCAUCAGGGUUCUGAUGGAGGAUAUGUUUGAACUGACAGACAGACACUUCGAGAUGCUAACCAUACCGAACAAUUUGAAAAAUAAAAAUGAUUCCUCUUCCAAAUACGAACUUCCUGAUUUCCCAAUAGCCAUUGGAAAUUCGAUUCUAGAUUACGUUGACGUCGUUGCUAUGGAAUAACGGUACAAGUUUGGAUUAUGAUCUGUAAAGCGAUUUGAACAGUCGCUAAAUCCAUUUAUUUUCGAGACCAAUUUUUAAAAUUAAUUUUUUUUUAAAAACUUCCAAGAUGUUUAUGACAAAUUUUCUAAUUUUAACUGUAGUUUAAUUAUACUAAAAGUAAAAUCGAUGGGCCUUUGUACGAACCAUGAAUUGUUUUUACUCAUCAAUUUUAUGGUUUUGGAACCUUGAAAAUUCAAAUAAAAACAAUAAUUUUAAUAUAACGUAAUUUUCAGCCAAAAGUAAGUGUACUUUAAAUUUUGAAUGUAUCAAAAGCCGUACAGGGACCCAGCUAAUAGAAUAUAAGUGCAAGAAUUUGAAAAGUACUACAAUGAUCGGUUUUACAAAGUCAGUUAACUGCAUUUAACUAAUCAACCGUUAACUAAUAACAGCUAUGUAGCCAAGGAAGUGCUAUAAGUAACGGCUAAAGUUAAGGUCUAUUGGUUAAGCGCCGAAUUAACAGUGAUUUGUAAAUCCGGUCAUAUAUCUUUAUUUUUAACUAUUAUUGAUAAGGAAAAACGAUCUAUAGCAUUUUUAGAGUUAUUAAUUAGGUAAACGGCAGAAUAUUUGUCAUAAUACUAAAAGAUUUUAAUAUAGAUCUCUUUUACAAUUAAUUUUGGGAAUAGUUAAUGAAAUAUUUCUUUUUAAAAUACUUUUGUAACUUUAUAUUUUCUAAAGUUGGGACGUAUUUGUUAAAUACAAUUAGAUUAUUGGGUUGGGAUUUUGUUUUUAUCUUCUAACAUUUAUUAAUGUUAUUAGAUAAAAAUUGUAAUGGCCAACUUUGGUGUGUAAGCAAGGGGGCAGCUUAAAGCUUUUCGAUAAUGAAUAAAUGUUUUUUGUUAAUAUUGUUCCUAAUGUAUUUUCAUCAAAUUAUAUUUGAGUAAGUAGACUAGGAUAUAUAUUUAUUCGCUGUUUAGAUUUAGAUUAUUGCUGCAUAGAAUUAAAUAACUUAAGGCU